CGCGACAUCGGCGGCUCUCGCGGUGCUUCACCUCAGCGGGUACCGCGCUGAGGUACCGGGGCGCCGGGCUCUUCUACUUAAGCGCUGUGGUGCUUGCUGCGGGAGGAGAGCACAAACGUUCGUUUUUGGCCAUGAUAGACCCUUUAGAGAACAACUUGUUCGAUCUCCCCGACUACGAGAACACAGAAGAUGAAAAGUUUCCGCCCCUCCCACCCCCUGCCUCUCCGGGGGCGGCCGGGGCUGACUGGGCUGAGGCUCGCGGAGAACCAGAUGGAAACCAACAGUCACAGACAAAGGAUUCUUCUGUAGCUACACGGAAAGCAGUUAAAAGAUCAGUACCUAAAUUAGAUGCUCACAGGUUAGUUUCAGAAAGAGGACUUCCUGCCUUAAGACACAUGUUUGACAAUGUAAAGUUCAAGGGUAAGGGGCAUGAGGCAGAGGACUUGAAGACACUUAUACGACAUAUGGAACACUGGGCUCAUAGAUUAUUUCCAAAAUUGCAAUUUGAUGAUUUUAUUGACAAAGUAGAGUCUCUGGGAAGCAAAAAGGAAGUUCAGACCUGCCUAAAACGGAUUAGACUUGAUCUUCCUAUUUUAUCUGAAGACUUCACAAGUAAUGAAGAUGGUGGAGGUGAAAGCAAUGGACUGGAUACAGCCAAUGAAGAAGUGUAUCCGUGCUCUGGGAACGUAGGAGACCUUGAUUCUCUGCCUAGUACAACUCUCACAGAAGAGCAACAACAGCGGAUCAGGAGGAACAGGCAGCUGGCCUUGGAACGUAGGCAAGCGAAGAUGCAGUGCAACAGCCAGUCACAACGCAACGAGCUCUCUCCUAGUUACCCAGAAGAGGAGGAAUUUAAUACCCCCAUUGCUCAGGACCUGGCUGAUGUCACAGAAGACCCUCAGGUUACUGUGCCCACGGUUGCUGUUACGGAAGCUGAGGACAGAGAUACAGAAUUGGAAUGUGCCAGUGAAAAGCAGAGACCUUUUCCCAGCCCUUGAGUGACUUUAACAGAAGCACCCCACCAGGUUAAGGACUACCAUUUUUAUUGAAAAGCUGCUGGCUCUUCACACUCCAUCUCCAGAAGCGCAGGGAAGCCCUAACUGUGACGCCUGCAUGGUUGGGCAGAACUGUUUUCUUCACACUGCUGAUGAAUUGCUCCGUAUGCUGGCAGACAGGACACCAUUCUUCAUCGUAUCAGCAUGUGGGACUUCUUUUGUUGUUGUUCACUGACAUUGUUUAGGAAAUGUUAGUGAGUUUUCUGGCCUACUCUGACCUUUUCUUACAGUUGAUGUCAAACUGAGAUGUUAAGAGGUUAAGUUUGUAUUCAUGUUUUUAAUGGAAGAUACAUAACAGGAGAGUUAAGUCUGAACAAGCAUCCUGUUUUUAACUCACUUAUCAAGUACCUGUAUCUUGUUCUUACAAAACAGAAGCUAUUAAAUUUCAGAACUCAAACUUGAAA